UAGCUUUUAGUAUUUUCUUCGCCGAAUCCUUAAAAAAAUACUUUACAAACAAGUUUUGUUCCAAUAAAUUAUAAAAAAAAUAUAAACAAAUUCAAUAACAAUUGUUUAAUAUUCCAAAAAUGACGUCAAGAAAUCUAACAGAAGUAUUUGUUAUAAUGCGUAAUAAUGCAUCAAAAAAUCGAAAUUUAUAUUCCGACGAUAGGCGUGGAAGUGAUGCAGAAAAACUACUUAAAAGAUCAUUGCAUGAUGCCGAAGAAGGAAUGGAAAUGCGUGAUGAAUAUGGAUCUCCACCAAUUUGGGUAGACAAACUCGAAGAGGCACAAUAUUCCAUGUCAAAAAUCAAACCUAAAUUAGAUGAACUCGGUUCACUCCAUGCCAGACAUCUCCUCCGUCCUGCAUUCGAUGAGAAUUGCGAGGAAGAACAACAAAUCGAAAUACUCUCCCAAGAGAUUUCCAAACUUAUCACAUCAACCCACAGACACAUCCAGUGUAUUCGAUCGAGUCUGGGUGUUGGCAAUAGGACAGAGCAACGAUUGACAUCAAAUGUCGUUACUUACCUUCUCUUGUCCUUGCAGGAACUCACUUUCAAAUUUCGUAAUAGCCAAAGUGGCUAUGUUAGGCAGUUGAAUUCACGAGAAGAACGAUCACAAAAGUAUUUCGAAACACCUGACUUCACUACUAUCGAUUUGGAUACCAAGAGCCAAAGUAAUUUUGUCGAAACUUUCGACAACUUCCUUCAGCCUGCUUCAACAUCGUCUAAUGCAACGGCAUUUUAUGAAGAAACCGAUGAUCAAAUUGAUGAACAUUUCCAAAGACCAGUUGCAAAUCGAAUGACUCAACAGCAGUUGCUGCUUUUCGAAGAGGAAAACUCCAAACUAGCCGAACACCGAGAGCAAGAAGUUUCAAAAAUCGUCAAAUCCAUUUUUGAUUUGAAUGAUAUCUUUAAGGAUCUCUCACAUAUGGUUCAGGAACAAGGCACUGUACUGGAUCGAAUUGACUAUAAUGUCGAACAGACACAAACAAGAGUUUCCGAAGGCUUGAAACAACUACAUCGAGCUGAGAUGUACCAAAGAAAGAAUCGCAAAAUGUGUUGCAUUAUGCUAUUGGCGGGAAUAACUCUCUUUAUGUUGAUUUUACUUAUUUUUACAAAAUUCUAAUUAAAGUGUCGCUCUUGUUACUUAUUAUAUUCCAAAAUUCAUAUUUAUUUAAACUUUCAAUAAAAAUCAUAAACACAAAGAAAAAAUGCUUACAUCC